UAGGCAGCUGAUAAAAGCACUGCGGCUGCCCUGGGAACUGCGCUGCUUGAAUCCAGUUACCUCCGGGUAGGUGGCUGGGUGAAGCAGCCUUUUCUGGCAGCCUCGGGUCGCCUAGCGGCUCCGGAGGCGCCAGCCCUUUUCUCCUGCAGGGCGACCCGACUGAAAGGUGGAAUCUGUAGCUGAAGACGUCGCAACAACUGCUGGCUAUCAGAGGAUCGCAGCAGCAGCUCAUCAAAGCGGAAAUCUGAACUUGAAAUUGGAGGUAGCUGAUUGUUAGAGCUGGUCUUGAAAUCCUGAGCACCUACGACCCCCCCCCCCCGUGGACCACUGAGAUUGAGAUCUACUGUACUCUGGAGCCGAGCUUUCUCACCGGAGGACACAGGUUGCAGAGGCUGGAAAUAAAAACCUCACUCCAGUUUCCUCGCUAGUCCCCUACUGAGAUUGGAGACUGCUGCGUGACUGAAGAUAAAGCGUUUUUUUUCCUGAAACGCCCUGGGCAUCUUGUAUUAAGAUAUCCUAUCGCCAUUGUCAGGCAUGGCUAGCAUCUUUGCACGCAUGGGUAACGGCCGGGGGCAGAACUCACCCUUGCCACCUUGGGCUCAUUCCAUGCUGAGGUCCCUGGGGAGGAGUCUCGGUCCUUUAAUGGCCAACAUGGCAGAUAGAAACAUGAGGUUGUUCUCUGGGCGGGCAGAGCCAGCCCCGGGGGAAGAAACCUUUGAAAACUGGCUGAGCCAGGUCACUGGGGUCCUGCCUGAAUGGCAUAUGCCUGAGGAGGAAAAGGUCAGACGCCUAAUGAAAACCCUUAGGGGCCCUGCCCGGGAGGUCAUGCGUUUGCUCCAUGCUGCCAAUCCCACCCUAAAUGUGGCCGAUUUUUUGCGGGCAAUGAAACUGGUCUUUGGGGAGUCUGAGAGCAGUGUGACAGCCCAUAAUAAAUUUUUUAACACUGUGCAGACACACGGAGAGAGACCAUCCCUGUAUGUGAUCCGUUUAGAGGUGCAGCUGCAGAAUGCUAUCCAGGCAGGGGCGUUUGCUGAGAGAGAGGCAAACAAGGCUCGCCUGCACCAACUCCUUGUAGGGGCUGAGCUCAGUAGAGACCUUCGUUUCAGGCUUAAGGAGCUUCUCAGGAUGUUCGCAAAUGAGCCAGAGCGCCUUCCCGAUUUCCUGGAGUUAAUCAGGAUGAUUAGGGAGGAGGAGGAGUGGGAUGACACUUUCAUUAGACCGAAGCGGCCCAGAUGUGAGUCAGUGAUGGAGCGGGCACUCAGUCCUGUGGCAUUUCAGGGCACCCCACCGAUUUUGAUCAGCAGUGCUGACUGCAACGUGAUAGAGAUAGAUGACUCUCCAGAUGAUUCAGAUGAGGACGUGAUCUUGGUGGAGGCUGAGGACCCACCACUGCCAUCCUCGAGUGCUCCUCACUUCCUAGGCAGGGCUAUAUCUGAGGACCAAGUGCUGGUCAUUGAGUCCCCCAACAUUCCUGAGAUUCAGUCUCCUUCCACCAGCAGUGGCUCUGGGCGGAAGAACAAUACUUUUGUGGAGGUGCGUAGAACCAGGAAGCGAAAGCACACAGUCAACUGUGUCCAUUGUGGUGAGGACGGUCACUCCAAAGAAACCUGUGACAAUGAGAAUGACAAAGCUCAGGUUUUUGAGAAUCUGAUCAUCACCCUGCAGGAGCUGACACACACAGAGGAGGAGAGGGCGAGAGAGGCCUUUGGAGAGCCCUUUGGCUUCUCCGAGUUCCAGUAAGAUGCUAUCCUCCAGCCUCAAAUUAACCCUUACCUUUACUCAGAAUUCAAUGGUGGAAAAGUUGGGGGGGUCUUCUAAUUGCAUGAAAAAUCCACAAAGUGACUUUCCUUUGGCGUGGAGAAAGGGUCUUGAACAUGAGUGCAUCAGAGAGAAAUGGCCUGACCUAUGGCUCUGUUCCCUUUCCCCAUGCCUGAUUCUGCUCUCCGUGUGCACCUAUCUCCUUGGUGGCUUUAUUCUCUUUGUGAAAGUGGUAUUGUUCACUGUUCAAUCUUCAAGUCAGAAAGAAAAUGACUUUAAAAAGUAAAACUUACCUAGAACUCUCUACCCCGUGUAACAAUUGUCAGCCCUUUGGUGACUAUCCCUCUAAAUAUUUCUCUGUACCCUAUGUUCCUAGAUAGAUAUGUGUAUAGACAGAAGUGAUCAAAUAUAAGUGUUGUUCUAUAUGCUGUAUUUUUUCACCAAAAUGUAUGUUGUGGCCUUCUUUGUCAAUAAAUAAAUAUAUAUGUGUCAGCAUCUA